UUCGUAUUUUAUUCUAAUGUGACUUUUAUUUUGAAGUGUCAUUCGUUGUUCUCGGAUCUUUGGAACCCGGUGAUCAGCUGCGACCAUGCCGACUGUCAGCGUGAAGAGAGAUCUGCUCUUUGAAGCCCUGGGACAAACAUACACCGAUGAAGAAUUUGAUGAACUGUGUUUUGAGUUUGGACUCGAGUUGGAUGAGAUCACUUCAGAAAAAGACAUCAUAAGCAGAGAACAGGGCGGUGAGAAGGCAGAGGGUGCAUCUGAUGUUAUACUCUACAAGAUCGAUGUGCCAGCCAACCGAUAUGAUCUGCUGUGUCUGGAGGGUCUUGUCAGGGGUCUGCAGGUCUUCAAAGAGAAGAUUAACGCUCCACGGUACACCCGUGUGAGUCCAGCCAAUGGAGGAGAGUCUCAGCGCUUGAUCAUAACUGAGGAUACGGCAUCUGUGAGGCCACAUGCCGUAGCAGCCGUACUGCGCAACAUCACAUUCACUCAGGAACGAUACGAGAGCUUCAUAGAGCUGCAGGAGAAACUGCACCAGAAUAUCUGCAGGAAAAGAACUCUGGUUGCCAUAGGAACACAUGAUUUGGACACCAUCUCUGGGCCAUUCACCUAUACGGCCAAACCGCCCGGGGAUAUCCGCUUUAAACCGCUCAAUCAGACUAAAGAGUACACGGCAACUGAACUCAUGAGUCUCUAUAAGACCGACAGUCAUUUGAGACACUACCUGCACAUCAUAGAGAAUGAGCCUCUCUAUCCCAUCAUAUACGACAGCAAUGGAAUCGUCCUAUCAAUGCCUCCUAUUAUCAACGGAGACCAUAGCAAAAUCUCCUUAAACACAAAAAACAUUUUUAUUGAGUGCACAGCUACAGAUCUCACAAAGGCAAAGACUGUGCUGGAUAUGGUGGUGACCAUGUUUAGUGAAUAUUGUGAGGAGCCGUUCACGGUGGAGGAAGCAGAAGUUGUUUAUCCAGAUGGAAGAUCGUGUGUGUAUCCUGAGCUGGCUUACAGGACAGAGACACUUUCUGGAGACUUUAUCAAUAAAAGAGUCGGGAUCAAUAAAUCUGCAGAAAGUAUAGCACAGCUGCUGACCCGUAUGUGUUUGAAGUCAGAGGUCAACGGUGAGGGCGAUCAGAUCCGGGUCGAGAUCCCGCCCACGCGCUCUGAUGUCAUCCACGCCUGUGACAUCAUGGAGGAUGCCGCCAUUGCGUAUGGCUUUAACAAUAUUGUCAGGACCACGCCUCGUACAUACACAGUAGCCAAUCAGCUUCCUCUGAAUAAACUGACAGAGUUACUGAGACAAGACCUUGCAGCUUCUGGAUUUACAGAGGCAUUAACAUUCGCUUUGUGCUCUGAAGAAGAUAUCGCAGAUAAACUUGGAAAAAACAUCGCAGACAUCAAAGCAGUGCACAUCUCAAACCCAAAGACUGCAGAGUUUCAGGUGGCACGCACGUCUCUUCUGCCCGGCCUCUUAAAAACGAUCGCUGCGAACAGGAAGAUGCCCCUCCCUCUCAAACUGUUUGAGAUUUCAGACGUCGUCCUUAAAGAUGAAACACGAGAUGUAGGAGCACGUAACAACCGCCGCCUAUGUGCCGUGUACUACAACAAGAGUCCGGGUUUUGAAGUCAUCCACGGACUUCUGGACCGGGUCAUGCAGCUGCUGGAUGUCAAACCGGGUCGUAACCAUGGAUACCACAUCCAGGAGGCAGAGGACUCCGUCUUCUUCCCUGGUCGCUGUGCCGAAAUCUUUUCACGUGGCAAAAGCAUCGGACACUUCGGGGUCCUUCACCCUGAUGUGAUCAGUCGCUUUGAACUGACAAUGCCUUGCUCUGCCAUUGACAUCGACAUUGAGCCCUUCCUGUGAUGUCAUAAUGCAACUAACUUAAGCCACACCCUUCAACUGUAUGCAUUGUUUUAGCUCCUCCCCAAAACCUCAUUAUGGGCCACAUUUAUGCAAGUAUGUUGUUCAGAAAAUAAAAUCACUGUUUUAAUAAAGCUCAAUAUUCAAAUAUUAAAUAUUAUGCGUGUAUGUCUGUGCCGGGACAACAUAGAAACAAAUAAAUCUGGAUUUAAAACUCACA